GGCUUAAGACCCUACAACGGACGCCCGCUCCAACAGGUACACCUCAGUGGCCUCGUCCGAUGGAAACGAGGACUGUUUCGGUUGGAGGCCCGGCUGUCAAGGGCCCAACAGGUUGUUUGGAUGGAGGGGAAUGCGGAGAUGCCUGUUUCGAGCGCGGAGAGCCGCAGCAGGUUUGGGCAUAUGUUGGACCUGGCUUCGGCCAGUAUGACAAGGUGGAGAGAUAUGCGCCAGUGGUUGGGGGUUCCUGGAAAAUCGAGCAGGUGGACAAUGGACGCGUCAAGUGGGGAUCCUGUUGUGGCUGGCUCUUCUGCCUCACCGCCAUGGCUGGAGUGGUCUUUCUGGUGGUGGCCUAUCGAGGCUUAUUGACCCAGCUGGUCUCCCAGGACGUCAAGGUGGUCUCAGAGACGGUGAAUCAGCCGCCACUCUUCAAUUGUAGUAGAGGCUCCUGGACCACCAGCUUGAAGGCCCAAAUCGACCAGGCCACCGAGGUCUACAGAAAUAGCCUGUACGAGCAGUCCGAUUCGAAUUUUGAUGGCAUCUUGAGUGCCGCCGAGUUGCAGUCCAGCAGUUCCAAGCUGCCCAGCUGCUUCGCACAGCAGCUCUUCCAAUGGGACCAGGACGGAAAUGGCCUCACCAUUCAUGAGUUGAAUGCGGGCUUGCAAGUCAAGGACAUGGUGGAUGCAGAAGCGGAGAAAACCUUUGCAAUGGCAGAUAGUGAUUGCGAUGGCUCUUUGAGCCUCAGCGAGUUGCAAAAGCUGCGCUCGGAGGCCUCGUUGCCCAGCUACACGACUCAGCUCUUGGGCUCGGCGGAUGUGGAUGCUGACGACAAAUUGAGCAAGCUGGAGUUUGUGGCUGCGAUGAGAAAGUCUGGUGUGGCGCCAUCGACUGGCGCAGGAACAGGGAUGGGAGAGGUAUGGAAUGAGACCAAGCGACAGUGGUGUUGCAGCUACCAAUCGAUCGGCUGUGAGACCUUCGUCACCGACAUCCACGAGAAUGCAGACUGCUCCUUCGGCGCUGUGGAGCUGUGGUCCGAGGCGAAGAGUCAGCACUGUUGCCAGAUGGAAGGACGUGGCUGUUUGAAGAGGUCGGCUGGCCUUUUCGACUGCCUUCAAGACGAUCCAGAGGCAUGGACCUUCAAGCAACGGGACUAUUGCUGCGCACAUUCUGGCCGCGGGUGCCACAGGACGCACGAGUCCUAUGAUUGCUUGGCAGGACUCGACACUUGGAAAGCCGGUUGGAGUCUCCACAAGAAGCUUUGGUGUUGUGACAACCAGAAACUGGGUUGCGCCACAGAGCAAUACAGCUGCCUGAAUUCUGUGGAAACCUGGACCGCCGAUCAACAAGUGUAUUGUUGCCAAGCACACAAGGUGGGCUGUCCUGAAGACAAAGUCGAAGUCAAGGAACCUGAGAAGACGGAGACUGCGACAGCCCCGGCACCUCCAAAAGCUGAACAGCCCUUGUUUGAUUGCCGAACGGGUUGGCCAGACCAUGUGCAUGCCUGGGGCGACUCGAAGAAGGAAUUUUGCUGCUCAAACUAUAAGCGUGGCUGCAAGGAUUCCAAGGAGGAGCCGGAGGAGCCGGCUGCUCCAUUACAUCCAGCUCCUCAUGUGGUGAUCCAAACCAAUCUCUUCAACUGUCAGGAUGAUCUGGUGAAUUGGCACAGCUGGGCAGCUCACAAGAAGUCCUGGUGUUGCCAGCACCAGGACAUCGCUUGUGCCGAGCACGGCCAAUACGAUUGCGAUGCUGGUCAAGAAAAGAGCUGGAAAUCAGAAAAGAAGGACUACUGCUGUUUGUACCAGAAGAAGGGCUGCGAAUUUGAUGAGGAUGAUGCGGAGGUUGAAGAAGGAGAUACUUCCGAAAGCUAUGAUUCAGUUGCAGCAUCUCAUUUGCACAUCCCUGCUGCACAUGUGGCAACCGUGAGCCACACCUUCCCCACCUUCAAUUCCAUCAGCAGUGGACACGUGGCAAGCGUGAGCAACAUCAUCCCACCUGGUGCUAUCACAAGUGGUGAGGUGCCAAGCAGCAAUAUCAUCCCCAGUGGCUUCACCAGUGGUGGACAUAUUACAACUGUCAGCAACAGCAUCCCUACCGCAGAUGCCUUCAGCGGCGGACAUGUAACAACUGUGAGCCACAGCAUCCCAACCGCUGACGCCAUCAGCAGUGGACAUGUAACAACUGUGAGCCACAGUGGUGCACAUGUAACAACUGUGAGCCACAGUAUCCCUACCGCAGACACCAUCAGCGGUGGACAUGUAACAACUGUGAGCCACAGCAUCCCUGCAAGCAGUGUGACAAUUCACAGUGUCGGCACCAAGGUCCAUUCGGUGACCAGCCACAUUCCAGACCAUGUCGUUCACUCAUCGAUGGAGGUCCACUAAUCUGGAUGUCCAUGUAGGUCGAUUGCAGUUCUUCAGCCUGGAGGGGUGACAUAUUCAUCAAGAAUCGACCAGAAGUUUCGUCGAGAAUUACAAGCCCGAGAAAGGUAGGUAGCAGGCUGAAUUCUCCAUAGAUACAGUCCAUGGGUUCUUGCCUGCAAGGCAGUGGAAGAGCGGGCAGAAUUCCGGCGCGAUUUGCAGUCUCCACUAUGGACUGCUGAGAUUGUAAAUCUUGAGUAGCUUUGCAAAGUGAUGUUGAAACUUGGA